GUUUGAGUAGGGGCGGCUCGUCAUUGGCUAAGUGGGGGGUGUCGCUGUCAGCCAGCUCGGUGUUGGGGUUAGUAGUCGGAGUGCCGAGGUCUGGGAGAGUCUUGAGCAGAGUCUGGGGAUUGAUUCGCUGCUUCCAGCGACACGUACCGCGGGAAGUAAAAUGGAGUUGAUGGAUGUAGUGGAUCGGCCUAUUAAGGUCACAGAGUGGCAAAAAACCUAUACCUACGACUCUGGCAUAAACUCUGGCGUUAAUACCUCUGCACCGUCUCUGAACGGCAAGACUCUGCUGAUGGAGGACGACGAUAUGGGCUAUUCGAAGCAGUACACAACAGUGAAAACCACCACAUACACACAGCAACAAGCUCCAGAGGUAGAGUCUCAGCUUGCCAUGACACGAGCCCAGCGUGUCCGUGCAGCUAUGUAUCCUGAGACCGUUGAAGACCACUCUUCCUACCUGCUAGCCACACAGAUUGAUGGGCAACAGACCAAUGUGCAGAAACUGGCAGAGCCCUCGCAGAUGCUGAAAUCUGCCAUUGUCCAUCUUAUUAACUACCAGGAUGAUGCUGAAUUGGCCAUCCGUGCCAUCCCAGAGUUAACCAAACUCCUGAACGAUGAGGAUCCGGUGGUGGUAAACAAGGCUUCUAUGAUUGUGAACCAGCUGUCAAAAAAGGAAGCAUCCCGCAGAGCACUGAUGCAGUCCCCUCAGAUCGUGGCAGCUGUGGUGCGGACCAUGCAGAACACAAGUGACAUGGAAACUGCCCGUUGUACCACAAGCAUCUUGCACAAUCUGUCCCACCACCGCGAGGGACUUUUGUCCAUUUUCAAGUCUGGAGGAAUUCCCGCUCUUGUUCGUAUGCUUAGUUCUCCUGUGGAAUCGGUGCUAUUUUAUGCAAUUACCACUUUGCACAAUCUCCUCCUGUACCAAGAAGGUGCCAAGAUGGCUGUGCGUCUAGCUGAUGGCCUGCAGAAAAUGGUUCCCUUGCUCAACAAGAAUAACCCCAAGUUCUUAGCCAUCACAACAGAUUGCCUGCAGCUUCUGGCAUAUGGAAAUCAGGAAAGCAAGCUCAUUAUCUUGGCCAACGGGGGACCGCAAGGUCUUGUGACAAUCAUGAGGACCUACAACUAUGAGAAGCUCUUGUGGACCACAAGCAGAGUGCUGAAAGUGUUGUCUGUAUGUCCAAGCAACAAACCAGCCAUUGUUGAAGCCGGAGGAAUGCAGGCUCUGGGGAAGCAUCUCUCCAGCACAAGCCCUAGACUUGUACAGAACUGUUUGUGGACUCUGCGGAAUCUGUCUGAUGUGGCCACUAAGCAGGAGGGUCUGGAUAACGUGCUGAAAAUCCUGGUCAACCAAUUGAGCUCAGAUGAUGUCAAUGUUCUCACUUGUGCCACCGGUACCCUGUCCAACUUGACAUGCAAUAACAGCCGCAACAAAACUCUGGUGACCCAAAGCAAUGGGGUUGAAUCUCUAAUCCAUACUAUCUUGCGAGCAAGUGACAAAGAUGACAUUGCCGAGCCUGCUGUCUGUGCUCUGCGCCAUCUAACCAGUCGUCACCCGGAUGCAGAAGUGGCUCAGAAUUCUGUACGACUUCACUAUGGCAUUCCAGCCAUUGUCAAAUUGAUUAACCCACCUUUCCAGUGGCCACUGGUCAAGGCAACUAUUGGCUUGAUUAGAAACCUGGCUCUGUGCCCAGCCAAUCAUGCCCCACUUCAUGAUGCUGGUGUCAUCCCCCGUCUGGUCCAGCUGCUGGUUAAGGCGCAUCAGGAUGCACAGAGACACGCUGCGUCAGGAACCCAGCAACCCUACACGGAUGGUGUCAGAAUGGAGGAAAUAGUGGAAGGCUGCACUGGAGCCCUUCACAUCCUGGCUAGAGAGCCCAUGAACCGCAUGGAAAUCUACAGGCUCAACACAAUCCCCUUGUUUGUACAGCUCCUGUACUCUCCUGUUGAGAACAUACAGAGAGUUGCUGCUGGGGUGCUCUGUGAGCUUGCACAGGACAAAGAGGCAGCAGACACCAUUGAUGCGGAGGGUGCAUCUGCUCCACUUAUGGAACUACUGCAUUCCCGUAAUGAGGGCACAGCCACCUAUGCUGCUGCUGUCCUAUUCCGCAUUUCUGAGGACAAGAACCCUGACUAUAGAAAGAGGGUAUCAGUGGAGCUUACCAAUGCCAUUUUCCGCCAGGACCCUGCAGCCUGGGAAGCAGCGCAGAGCAUGAUUCCCAUUGGUGAUCCUUACCCAGAUGAAAUUGAAAAUUAUCGUUCCAUGUACGCAGAGGACAUUCCCUUAGAUCAUAUGGGGGAUCUUGAGCCAGAAUACGGAAUGGAUGCUUACAGUGAUCACGGAGGAAGAAUGGGAUACCCCGAUAACAACAUGAUGGCCUAAUUCCACAUGCACAAGUCCCUUACUGUGGAAGAGCAUAAUCAAGACAGAAGUGCCUACCAAGAACUUGUUCCUGCAUCUCCUUUACCCAACUUUUCCUUUUUAAAAAGAGCUUUUAUUUGAUGGACUUUUGCAUGGGGUCAAUUUCUUAUAUAACCUGUGCUCAACAUAAGGGGUCCUGCUUAUAGAAUGCUGCAUAUUAGCCUCUGUCUACUGGGCAGUGAGGUUAAUAAACCAUUCUUCUCCAUGCCUUUUUAAAUAUUAAUUUUGUGCAUUGGCCUGAAGACUUUUUUCUAUAGAUUUAUAAAUAUAUAUAAAUGUGUUUCUUUUUUUUAUAAUUUUAACAUGAAAAGGCUUCUACUCAACAUUAUUUUUACAAAGAAGUUUUUGGGUUUGUUUGUUUUUUUCUUUUUAAGAGAUUUAUUAACUGUUUAGAGUGUUUGGUUACCCAAUGUUAAUGUGCUCUAUUGGCUUGACAAUGCCACAUUUAAAGACUUCACCUUUCUCCCUUUUGUCUGCAAUCCCACACUGUUAACAUUCUUGUAAGUAGUGAAUCUCUGUUCAGUGGUAAUCAUUUUUGUGAAUAAAUCUAUUAACACUCA